AUGGAGGUCGCAAAAGCUCAAAUCACUCAAGGUGCCUUGAAUGCAAUCUUCAAUGACUCUGAUCGUGUUAUGAAAGAUUUCCCGGUACCAGUAUGUCAGGUAGUACAAGUCAAGCCAAUGGGAUCUGGAGGAGAAGGACAGGCCGAAAGAUUCAGACUCGUCGUGAGCGACGUUCAGAACUUCGUACAGUGCAUGCUUGCCACUCAGGCAAAUCAUGUAAUACAUGACGGACACCUAACUAAAGGCUGCUUCAUUCGGCUGAAGAAUUAUCAGGCAAAUGAAGUGAAAGGCAAAAGAAUCCUGAUUAUUCUUGACAUUGAUGUCAUCGAAAGCUUGGGAGUAAUGGACAAGAUUGGAGAGCCAACUGCGGUGAAGGUCGAAGAAGAUGUUAAACCAGUCAAUACUACAAUUGCCGGAGGUGGCUUCUACGGAAACAAACCUCAACCCCAACAACCCGCCGCUCAGGAUCGUGCGCUCCCAUCCCGUGCCGGACCCUCUAGCUCAUCAUCUCACGCCACCAUAUAUCCUAUUGAGUCGUUAUCACCAUACGCUCACAAAUGGACCAUCAAAGCACGAGUUACAAGCAAGUCCGAUAUCAAAACAUGGCACAAACAAACUAGUGAGGGCAAGCUCUUCAGCGUCAAUCUUCUAGAUGAGAGUGGCGAGAUCAAGGCCACUGGUUUCAACGAACAGUGCGAUGCUUUGUAUGAGCUUUUCCAGGAAGGCAACGUUUAUUAUAUUACAAGUCCCUGUCGUGUUUCAAUUGCGAAGAGACAAUUUUCCAACAUAAAUAAUGACUACGAACUCGUGUUCGAACGAGAUACUUUGGUAGAGAAAGCCGAAGACCAGAAUAGUGUCCCUCAAGUGCGUUAUAAUUUUUCCAACAUUGGAGAUCUACAAAAUAUCGAAAAAGACAGCACGGUCGAUGUCAUCGCCGUGCUCAAGGAAGUUGGAGAAACCUCAGAAAUUAUCUCAAAGUCAACGCAAAAACCUUACAGUAAGAGAGAGUUGACAUUGGUUGAUGAUACUGGGUAUUCUGUCCGAUUGACUAUAUGGGGCAAGACGGCAACCUCUUUUGAUUCCAGCCCGGAGUCGGUCGUAGCUUUUAAGGGCGUCAAAGUUUCCGAUUUCGGUGGCAGAAGUUUAAGUUUACUAUCCUCCGGCUCUAUGUCCUUCGACCCGGACAUUCAAGAAGCCUAUAAGCUCAAGGGAUGGUACGAUUCCCAAGGUCGCACACAAAACUUCGCCUCCCAAGGCAACAUGGCCAGUGCCGGAGCAGCAGGUGGCCGCCAAGAUCCUUUCAAGACCGUCGAACAAGUCACACGAGAAGGUCUUGGGAUGUCUGAGGAGAGUCCAGAUUAUUUCUCCACGAGAGCCACUAUCGUCUACAUCAAACAAGACAACUUCUGCUACCCCUCCUGUACCAACGAAACUUGCAGUAGGAAAGUCAUUGACCAGAACGAUGGCACAUGGCGCUGCGAGAAAUGUAAUCAAAAUCACCCCAAACCAGCAUAUCGCUAUAUUCUAUCCCUCAACGUCAACGAUCAUACCGGUCAGCUGUGGCUAACGGCGUUUGAUGAUGUGGGACGACUCAUCCUAGGAAAGGAUGCGGAUGAGAUGAUGGAGUUGAAGGAAAACGAUCAGGCGGCCAUGGAGAAGAUAUUCGAAGAAGCUAAUUGCAAGAUGAUGGCGUUCAAGUGCAGAGCGAAAAGUCAAGUUUACCAAGAGCAAUCAAAGGUUCGAUAUCAAGUCACGCAAGCUACGCCUGUGAACUUUGGUGCGGAUGCUUUGAAGUUAGCAGAGUUGAUCAAGGCGUAUAAUAUUGAUUAG